AUGUCAAAGAUACCACGAAAUUUUAAAUUGUUAGAAGAAUUAGAAAAAGGUGAGAAAGGUUUAGGAGCAGAAUCUAUAUCAUAUGGAUUAACUAAUCAGGAUGAUAUAACGAUGACAUAUUGGAAUGGCACGAUAAUAGGUCCACCUCAUUCAAAUCAUGAAAAUAGAAUUUAUUCCUUGCAAAUUAUAUGUGAUGAAAACUACCCUGAUAAACCUCCAAAAGUGACCUUCAUUAGUAAGGUAAAUUUACCAUGUGUUGAUUCUGUUGGGAAUGUUAUUGUAAACGAGUUUGAUACUUUAAAAAAUUGGAAAAGAUCAUACACUAUGGAGACUGUUUUAUUGGAAUUAAGAAAAAGUAUGGCUUCACCAAAUAAUAAAAAAUUAGCUCAACCAAGUGAAGGUUCUACUUAUUGA